AUGGACGAGGAGCUGCUCCGCCUCGGCGAUCUGACGGGCCAGAACAUCGGCCGCAUCGCGCUCCCGCUCCCAGGCUUGGGCCGCCGCGCGCAGGCGUGCCUGGCCCUCCGCGGCAGCGGCCCGGGCGGUGACGAGAGCCGCUGCGAGGGCGGAGUCCGGUGGAGGCGCUGCGUGAAACGGCAGAGGAGGCGGGGCGGGAAAUGGAGAGCCACCCGCGCUGGCCCUGGAAUUCAGCAGCAGCAGCGGCUUGGCGUCGUCGUGGAGGCCCAGCAGCCUGCUGAUUUUAAAUUUGAGGAGUAUGAUGCUGUGAAAAGAUGCUAUCCUCAUGGAUUUCAUGGAGUUGACAGAUUUGGCAGGCCUCUAUAUAUCGAACGGGUUGGCUUGGUGGAUCUCAAACAAGAGAAAACUAUAUCUUUGAGAUAUCCUGUUUGCUCACUUGUGGCUAAAAGGCACAUAGCCUCGACAACAGCCAUAUUCAAUGUGAAAGGACUGGGGUUGAAUAACUUUUCAAAAUCUGCAAGGGAGAUGUUCGCAGAGAUCCAAAAGAUCGAUAGCAAUUACUACCCAGAGACAUUAAAUCAACUUUAUAUAAUUAAUGCUGGAACUGGAUUUAGAGCACUGUGGAAAGUAUUGAAAGCAUUCAUGGAGUCAAGAACGUUAGCAAAGGUUCAGGUUCUGGGGACCAAUUACCUUAACACAGUAUUAGAAGCUGUUGACCCAAGCAAUUUACCAGACCUUUUAGGCGGAACAUGCGCUUGUCCAACAGGAGGAUGCUUAUUCCAAGAUAAAGGACCCUGGACUGACCCAGAAAUGAUUCGUGCUUCUAAGGAAGCAUUUGGUAAAGGUCAGAAGUCUUUCAAUGAAUUGACUGCCACAAUUGCCUGUGAAAGCUUUACAGGUUGUCAGCAGCCUUCCGCAAAACAAGUAGAUUCCACUUCUCGUAAGAAAAGAACUCUUGGCAUGUUGUUAAAAGAUGACCAGGUUGGAAUUGAUACAGGUGAAAAUAUUUUGCGGAAACAAGUCGAUGAACAGAUCUCGGAGAAGAUCCGAGAACUUGAACACUGCACUGCUCAGAGUAAUGAGACCCUGCAGACACUAAUAUGUAAGCAACAAGAACUCACUGGUCACAUCGAACAGCUGAGGAAAAUCCUUCGGGAUGGCAUGGGUGCAGAUAUGAAAGGCGACACACAAGACACAAAACUCAAAGUUUCAUGA